GAUCCGCUGUCGCCUCGCAGAAGCGGGCUGUGGGGCGGACCGGAGGCGUGGCGGUCAGUGUGGGAUAUUAUGAGAACCGAGAGGCUGCAGAAGACAGAAAACAAACCGUUUUGAGCUGACUUGAACUUCUCCGCCCCUUGCGGAGCAGCUGAUAACGGUUCAGUGUGUGUGCGGGAUUCAGCGGGGCCAGAAUGUCCCGAGAGGAGGUGAACGGGGUGUCGUGCAGGGGRAAGGUGCUGACCCUGGACACCAUGAACCCGAACGUGAGGCGGGUGGAGUACGCGGUGCGGGGCCCCAUCGUCCAGCGGGCGGUGCAGAUAGAGAAGGAGCUCAGAGAGGGAGUGAAGAAACCCUUCACAGAAGUCAUCAAGGCGAACAUAGGUGAUGCCCACGCUAUGGGUCAGAGACCAAUCACCUUUUUCAGACAGGUUCUGGCUCUGUGUUCGUACCCCGAACUCCUGGACGACAACAAGAUUCCGGACGACGCCAAGAAGAGAGCGCGGCGAAUCCUCGAUGCCUGCGGAGGCCACAGCAUAGGGGCCUACAGUGCCAGCCAGGGGAUUGAAUGCGUGCGCCAGGAUGUGGCCCGGUACAUAGAGAGGAGAGACGGAGGCAUCCCCUCCAACCCCGACAACAUCUACCUCUCAACUGGGGCCAGCGAUGCCAUCGUGACCAUCCUGAAGAUGCUGGUGUGCGGUGAGGGUCGGGACCGUACGGGAGUCAUGAUCUCCAUCCCUCAGUACCCGCUGUACUCGGCAGCCCUGGCGGACCUCGGCGCCGUGCAGAUCAGUUACUACCUGGACGAGGAGAACUGCUGGAGUCUGAACGUGGCCGAGCUCAGGAGGGCGCUGAAUGAAGCGAAACAGCACUGCAAACCUCGAGUCCUGUGCAUCAUCAACCCCGGGAACCCAACAGGUCAGGUCCAGAGCAGGCAGUGCAUCGAAGACGUGAUCCGAUUCGCUAAAGAGGAGCGUCUCUUCCUCAUGGCUGAUGAGGUGUACCAGGAUAACGUCUACGCAGACGGCUGCAAGUUUCACUCCUUUAAGAAGGUUUUGUUUGAGAUGGGACCAGAGUUUUCCAGUAAGGUAGAGAUGGCGUCCUUCCACUCCACCUCCAAGUGCUACAUGGGAGAGUGUGGAUUCCGCGGAGGCUACAUGGAGGUGCUCAACAUGGACCCCCAGGUGAAGRCCCAGCUAACCAAACUGGUGUCGGUGCGCCUCUGCCCCCCCGUCCCCGGACAGGCCCUGCUCGAUUUGGUGGUGAACCCCCCGCAGCCCGACGAGCCGUCCUACACUACAUUUAUGAAAGAGCGGACAGCAGUGCUGGCUGACCUGGCAGAGAAGGCCAGGCUCACAGAGGAGAUCUUCAACACGGUACCUGGGAUCACUUGUAACCCGGUCCAGGGAGCCAUGUACACCUUCCCCCGCRUCGCUCUACCUCAGAAGGCCAUGGACAAGGCCAAGGAGGAAGGUCUGGUUCCUGACAUGUUUUACUGCAUGCGCCUGUUGGAGGACGAGGGAAUCUGUCUGGUACCAGGAAGUGGCUUUGGACAGAAAGAGGGAACCUUCCAUUUCAGGAUGACCAUCCUGCCUCCCGCAGAGAAGCUGAAGGUGGUGCUGCAGAAGAUCCGGGACUUCCACCUGAAGUUCACGCAGGAGUUUUCUUAACCGUUCACUUUGAAGAAGUGUCUUAAAGUGCCUUUGUGUGAACGAGGACACUCAAGUUUCAGACUUUAUAUAAAUGAACCACUUUUAAAGAUGCACUUUUAGUCAUGAUCAAAAACAUGUUUUAGCUGUGAUUUGAUUCAAUGUUGAAGAAAGUGAAGCUGUUUGUUGCCAAAUCUGUUGUAGAUUAACUGGACUGGCCUGUAUAUGAAGCAUGAUUUUAGGUACUGAGUUUAAACAAAGUGUUGAUUUUUAAUAUGUUCUUAAAUGAUUUUUUUAGAUGUGCUUCCAUUAAAAAAAUUUCUAUAAAAAGAAAAAAACC